CUUCGCAAUCACUUUAAAAGUUGUAUGCGUAGAAAAUCUAUGACCUUCACACACGAAAAGUUUAUAUAAAAACGUGUAAUUUUAAAUGCACGUAAUUGUAGAUUCCAAUUCAAAUCGCAACAAUGUACAUCGUAGUUGUGUUAUUUAUUCUUCUAUUACUGCAAUUUAUUUACCUUCGGUUAUGGAGGUACAGAUCGCUGAGAAAAAUUCCAAGUCUUUCUAAUUGCCCCAUUGCUUCAAGUGGAAAUAUUGAUGAUAUGUUUGAUAAAAUGGCUUCAUUAAACAAAAAUAUGGGGUCUGUUGUGAUUGUUUGGAACACACCGAUAACGCCAAAGUUAUUUGUUGCUAAUUGUGAUCUUGCUCACGCGAUUUUAUCAUCCACCAGUUCAAAUUUAGGAAAAACGAAAUUUUAUGACUACUUAAAACCAUUUCUUGGAAGUGGUUUAGCUACUUCUAACGUUCCAACAUGGAAAAAAGAAAGGAAAUUAACUAAUCCAGCUUUUAACUUAAAGCUCAUGGAAGCUUACGAUGACAUUUUUGAGCAUCAUGGAAAUGAAAUGGUUGAUAUUCUUAGGAACGAAGUAAAUAAAAAAUCGAUUGAUUUAGUCCCUUUUGUGGAUUUAUACGCUUUAGAUGUAAUAUGUGAAAGCAUUGCUGAUGUAAGGACAAAUCUCCAACGUAAAGCCGACCUUGAAUAUUUAACAGCAAGGUCAAGAUUUUUAACAAUAGUUAUGAACAGGAUGUUGUCUUACUUUAAAAGCCACAACACAUUGUUUAAAUUUACGGGAGAUUAUAAAAUUCAAAAGCAAUGUGCUCAAGUUCUCAAUAACUUUUCCAAAUAUUUAAUUCGGGAAAAUAAAAAAUCGGAUUUAAAGAAUACAUUAACAUCAGAUAAAUUUAAGAAUGUCUUGGAUAUUUUACUCGAAUCAAGUCUUGAAAGGGAUCGUGUUAUUGAUCAUCUAAAUACGUUUAUUGUUGCUGGUCAUGAUACUCCAGCAUCUACAAUUGCAUUUGCAUUAUACGAAAUUGCACAACAUCCAGAAAUCCAACAAAAGAUUCUCGAGGAAUCAAUAAACAUUUUAGGAAAAGAUAAAGAUGUAACGAUUACUAAAAACGAUAUGCAACGCAUGGUUUAUUUAGAAGCAGUAAUUAAAGAAGUUUUAAGGUUUUACCCUGGCGUAGCUUUUAUUGAAAGAAAAACAGAACAAAAAGUAGCCGUAGGCGAUUUUAUUAUUCCACCGGAUGUAGAAGUCACAAUAAAUAUUUACGGCCUUCAUCAUAACGAGGAUUACUUUGAAAACGCUAAUAAACUAAUACCGGAGAGAUUUCUUCCCGAAAACAAAUUGCAAAACAAUUUCACUGCAUUUAUGCCAUUUUCUAAAGGCCCAAGAGACUGCAUCGGUAAAACAUUUGCUAUGUUCCAGAUGAAAUCCGUAAUAAGCAAAGUUGUGAGAAAUUUCGAACUGUUACCGACGAACCCGAAGCACAAAGUAGCUCUAACUAGCGAAUUUGUUAUUAAAUCCACAACUGGGCUAAGGGUGCAACUACGGGAGAGGAAUUUAUGAUGUUUUAAUAAAAGUAUUAUGAUGUCGUGUGGAGAGAGGGUUCAGUUUCAAAGUUUUAUGAAAUAAAGACUUUUUAAGGUUG